GCGCCCUCUAGAGGAUGUUAUGGGAAGUGGCGCUAGAGAGGUGGACCGAAGCCAGCUCGUUCGCUGGAGGAAAAGGCUGAAUUAAGAGACCAGGAAGUGUUGACGCGGUUUACAUCUGUCGGUCAUUCGAAGAAACAGUUACAAACAUUUUACCUCCAAAGGACAAAGUGCAAUUGUUCCUUUUACGUGGAAUAAUUUAAAAGACCAAACAGUGAAACCAUGGGGUUGGCUGAUCAAAAUAGUACGGAACCAAGAGAAGGAGAAUCUUCACAGGAUGUGGAUCGAGUUAAAUCUCUGCAGUCUCAAGUGGAUGGGGUCAAGGAUAUUAUGACCCAGAAUGUAGAUCGGAUCUUGGCCCGUGGAGAAAGACUGGAUGAUCUGAUGGGCAAAUCUGAAGACCUGCAAGCUGGGGCCCAGAACUUCAAGCACACCUCUCAGAAGGUUGCUCGCGCUUACUGGUGGAAGAACGUGAAGCUGAUUGUGGUUAUUGUUGUGAUAGUCCUCAUCAUUGUACUGAUUAUCAUAUUCCUUGCUACUGGUGUGAUCCCAACCAGUGCACCCGCACCCAAACCUCCCACUUUGGUACCACCACCAUAGGAUUUCUAUCAGUUACAAACACUCUCACAUACACAUACAGAUAUAUGUAACCAUGUCCACACACCAGCACAGGUCAUAACUUCGGGAACAUACACGCAUAUCUUUUAUUUGCACAUUUAGCUCAUAUACCUUCAUAUCUUAUGGUAUCACACCACCUUAAAAUUAAUAGCUUCCAUAAUGACAGCUUCGAAACCUUGAAGUGGAGGAUUUUGAAUGGUCUAUAGACGCAAUGCUGUCUGUUUUCAUACUUCUCUCCUCCUGAAAGAUCAUCCUAGUGGCCACUUCAGCUGUCUUUAUGGUUCUCUAAAGCCUGAUAAAAUGCUACAGCUGUAUACAAAUACUUACAAUAUUAUUCAUAAUGAAGGUACCCUAGAAAUAGUCAUAUACUUGCAUUGAUUUGGGAAGGUAAUGGGUGAAAGUUCUGUCUAUUGAAUUAUGAAGUAUAUUUAAGACUGUUAGGUUCGAUUACAUAAGAUGUUACUUGUAAUUAUGGAAUACUUUCAGAUCUUCAAGUGUCUCUAUUUUGUAUUUGAUGGGUCACUGUCUUUGUGCUUUUGCCCACAAUUGUUAUUUGUAAAAGGUCAAACAAAAAUGUGUUCUUAUAACUGUUGCAUUACCCAAAAACACCAUUUCUUUGAGGAAAUUAUAAAACUGUAAGAUGUUUAGGGUAAUUUUCCUGUCUUAAAUCUUUACUGAAAAUUGGCAAUGCCCCAAACUUCAGAAACAGAGAAACUGGUUUUCAUCCUAUAGAACGAACUAACAUUAUUUAAUGGCAUGAGCAGCUGAACAAGGUAAUUUAGAUAGGAAUGAUGGAUAUUUUCUGUAUCCUCAAAUCACUGCAUUGAAUUUGACAUGCAGUGUAACACUUGCACUGUACCACAUGCAGUCAGUACUGUAAUCAGAGUUUAAGAGUACUGCAUCAAAAGUUUGGCCUUGCACUGCGGGAUCUUAAUGGAACCCAAGACGUGUAACUUUUUCCUGUUUCUAAAACGGAGGAAUGUUUUAGAGCCUGUACUGUAACUUUCAGUUUGCAGUUUUUAUUUAAAAAUGCGAACACUUUUUACAUCUCAAUUCAAUGAAAAAUCACUUCUCUGAAUGUUCUUGUUUGCUGGGUAGCUUUAUGCACUUUGCUUCAGAGAGGUCAAGGCAUUGGAUGUCUAUGUGUAGUCAGAAUGACUUGACUGUGUUGAAUGUUUGUAAACCUGAUUCUUAUUAUGCUGUAUCUCAUGUUGCUUCCAUUAAGCAUUUUUAUGUGUUAUUCACCCUCAUUAUUAUACACAAACCUUUUUGAUCAAGACAUUGAAUCAUUUUUUAAUCAUCUACUACAAGUAAUAAUUUAAAAACCCUUUAAGUGCCUUGGAUUUGAGUCUUAUUAGCAUAAAGAAAUAUCUGGGAAAUGUGAUAUUUUGUAAAUAAAAAUGUGAUCUCUCAGCAAAA